UCAUGUACACAAGGAGAACUCUAUAUAACUUUGACUUCGACAUGGCUACAACUAACGUCAUAUAGCGAUGCUUGAAAUAGUGUGGGGUUUUUAUUGGGUGUAUGAAUUUGUUUUUGUGUGUGUGUGAAAUCGCUUAAGAAGAAACAAAAUCUUAAGAACAGACCAAAUCCGCAACUUCGCUGACUGUUGAUACCGGGAAGUAGAUGGUCCCACAAUGCGGUUGUCAAGCUAGUUCCGGUGCAUUUUAGUCCCUCCUGAGAGUGGUGACUUCAGGGGGUAGACGACCCCUACUGCGGUUCGUUCCGGGUGCGUUUGAGUUGCAUUUAGUCCGGCUUUGGAGACACCGGGGCGGGCUUCAUGUUCAACAAGCUCGUCGCUGCCGUCCUUCCGUUUCACCGUCGCCUGCUCUCCACCUCGUCGCCGGCGGCUUUGACCCGAGCGCGCCGCCUCCUCGGCAGCAUGGAGCCGGCCUCGGUGAGAUGUGUCGCCGGGGAGCCCAAGCUGACCAUCUCGUUCCGCGUGGACGGCAGCCAGAAGCACAUGCAGCGGGAGCAGGACGAGCCGCUGGGGAAGGUCCUGUCCCGCAUCGCCUGCACCCUCGCGAAGGGCAAAACCAAGGCGAAGAAGGCGAAGAGGAACGCGGGGCAGCAGCAGCAACAGCAGCCGGCGGCGGCGGGGGACACCCCGGAGCCCACCGUGGUGAAGCUCUACGUGGACGGCGGGGAGGUGCCGGAGACGGUGCUGAACGCGGACGCGUGGCGGGACGGGGCCGUGCUGCAGCUGGGCGACGUCCGGUACUCGAUACGCCGCAACGAGCCCACCUUCACCACCGCCUCGAUGCCGGCCUCGCUGCUGGCUGGCUUCCCGGUGUGUCCCAAGCUGGAGGUGGAGUUCGGAGAUCUGGACCGCUGCGAGUUGACGUGGUACAAGGAGAAAGGCCCGAACCCCAGUGCCAAAGCUGCCGGGGAAGCGAACGCUCAGGACAUCGCCUGGGUAGAAGUGGGCUGCACCCGAGUCUACGUCCCGUGCAAUCAGGACAUCGGCUGCCGGCUCAAACUGCGCUGCACGCCCAAAGACGGCGGCGGGCGCGACGGGCGACCCACCGAACUCCUCUCCGCCGGCGCCGUGGAGGCCGGGCCGGGCGCGUGCACCUUCGACGAGCGGCACGCGUACACGGCCAAGGAGGCGACGUGGCCGGCGCUGCGCGUGGCGUCCUACAACAUCCUCGCCGACGUCUACGCGCAGACGGAGCUGUCCAAGAUGGUGCUGUACCCCUACUGCGCCCCUUACGCCCUGCAGCUGGAUUACAGGCAGAACCUGAUCAAGAAGGAGCUGGCGGGAUACCACGCCGACGUCGUCUGUCUGCAGGAGGUGGACAAAGGGGUGUUUUUGGACAGUCUGACUCCAGCUCUUGAUGCCUUUGGCCUGGACGGCGUUUUUAAGCUUAAAGAGAAGCAACACGAAGGAUUGGCGACCUUCUACCGCAGGACAAGAUUCAAGCUUCUGAGUCGCCACGACAUCACGCUGAGCGAGGCGCUGACGUCGGACCCGCUCCACGGCGAGCUGCUGGAGAGGAUCUCGGCGGACGACACCCUGAGAGACAAGAUUAUGAAGCGCUCCACCGCCUUGCAGGUCAGCAUGCUGGAGGACCUCCACCAGGCAGGCAGGAAAGUGUGCGUGGCCAACACACACCUGUACUGGCACCCUCAAGGUGGGAACGUCCGCUUGGUCCAGAUUGCCGUGGCUCUGCGGCACCUGAGUCACGUGAUCGGCGAGGUGGCCCCGGGAGCGCCGUUGGUCUUCUGCGGCGACUUCAACUCCUCACCGAGUUCGGGCGUCUUCCAGCUGCUAACCGAGGCCAAACUCCCCCGGCAACAUGCCGACUGGAGCAGCUCGGGCCCCCAAGAGGAGGAUUCGCCGUCGUGUUUGUUCGCCGUGGACUUGAUCUCCCCGUUUCCGGCGCUGCUGAGCGCCUGCGGGCCGCUGGCCUACACCAACUACGUGGGCGGCUUCCAAGGCUGCCUGGACUACAUCUUCAUCCAGCCGCAGAGCAUGCGGGUGGAGCAGGUCAUCCCCAUGCCGGCCCACCACCUGGUCACCACCUACACGGCGCUGCCCAGCGUAGCUCACCCGUCGGACCACAUUGCGUUGGUCUGCGACCUGCGCUGGGACCCCUGACUACGAGAGCUUUCUUAAAAUCAUAAUGACUGACAUGAGUUUUUAUUUACAGUUAUUUUAAUCGCUGAUAUUCAGUGUCAAUCUUUGGUUGCUUUGGUUAUGGCUUUGUGUGACUGAGGGGGUAAGGAUAAUCAACAUAUACAUUACUCAUUUGUUUUAAAUAUAAACCUUUUUUUGCGUGGACAUUUUUUUUCAUUAAAAAAUGAAAGAUAUGUUUUAAUUGAACUAAUAAUAAUAAAU